GAUGGCAAGUUGUAAUCCAGUGGUUGGGACUGCCAGUAUUUGUUGGUUCUUUUCACUUGUCUUCUAAAUUAUUUAAACAUUCAAUACAAAGUCCUAGAUAUUCAUUUAGUUUCGUAGUAAUAAUGCAUGCUGCUGGUGCCCAGUCUGAUAUCAGUAUUGAAGCUGAAAAUGAGGAAACAGCUGAAGCUGAAUUAGCCAGGCUUCAGCGACAAAAUCGUAUUUUGGUGUGUGACCACAAGACUUAUUCUGAGGAACCACGAAAUAUUCUUUUGAAACAGAGGAAAAUUAUAAAGGAUCUGGAAAAAGAAAAAGCAGAGGUAGAGCUUAAGCUUCAGUUAGCUCAGUCAACCAAGAAUGUAGCUAAAGAUAAAAAGUACACAGAGGAGUUAAAAAAAUUGUUGGAAAAACAAGAUAAUUAUAAAAAAGAAAUUGAGGAAGAAAAAUUGCAUCUUUCAGAUAUUGAUGAGCAAUACACAAAAAAUUUCAAUGAACUAUUAGCAAAGAAUGCAAAUCUUCGAAAAGACAUUGAACACUUGUUAAUGGAACGAUCUCGAUUUAAUACCAUUCAUCAUAGAAUCAGCAAACAGUUGUCUGAAGGAAAAAAGGAAGUUAUGGGGCUGAUUGAAAAAGCAACCCAUUCAUAUGACCAAAGAGAUGAAGCUCAGUCUAAAAUUCAGCAGCUCAGAGAGAGAAGUGAAAAAGAACAACUUCAGUAUACUACAGAAAUUAAAGAACUACAAAGAAUGGUUGAUAGUGACAGAAAACUUCGGUCGUUUAUGGUUCAGAAAGGACAGGAACGUGCUGAUAAGCAAAGUGAUGAUGGCAGUAAAACUAAAAAAUCUAGCAAGGAUCGGGGAGAGAAAAGUCCAGAAGAAACACUGGAAAAUUACAAAGAAGUUUUUGAGAGAAUAAAGUUAAUAGCCAAUCAAGAUGACAUCAAUGCUGUGGUUGAAAAGUUUGUAGAAGUAGAGGAAGAAAACUUUGCAGUUUUUAAUUACGUAAAUGAAGUUACAAAUGAAACGGAGAGGUUACAAGAACAAAUUCGAAAAAUUCAGGACAGUAUUCAAGAGCUUAAAGGGCAAGAAGAAGGUCAACGCUUACAACAUCAUAAGAGACUGAGAGAGUUAGAGAAUCAACUUGAAAGGGCAACCAAAGAUGCCAGUAUAGCUGAAGAAAGACUAACUCAGUGUUCCAAAACUUUAGACCAGCUCAAAACUGGUAUAAAAAACCUGUUCAUUAAGACAGGCUGUAGUGAUGCCACCUUAAUGAUCAUUCUUGGUGGAAGUGAAGGUAUAACAGAUAACAACGUCAUGCAGUAUCUUUCAAUUACCGAGGGCCGUGUGAGUGAACUACUGCUGCUGUUAAAGUUCCUGGAACUAAAGAAAGAAGAGGAAGAAGCAGAAAAAAAUCCAUUACCAAGUUCACAGUCAAUCACAGCAACUAAAUUGCCAGGAAUUGUUCCAUUAUCUCCUAGUUGGUAUCCUUCUCCUCCUCUUUUAGGAGAGGAAUUUAACUAUGAUAACACAGAUGUUGAUGGAACAGAGCCACUGGAUCAACAUUAUCUUAAACUGAGGGCAGCAAGUAUUCUUGACAAGAAGACAUCUGUGGAAUGAAUUCCACAUGCUCAACAAAAAAUCCUGUCAAGUAAAGGCACCAAUGAUUCAGAAAAAAUAUAGUAAAUUAUUAUUUCAAAUCAAAUCACUAAAUUUGUAAAUACUUCAGAAAUAGUGUACCAUGAAUCAAAGAGUAUCUCAUCCAUUUUUUAAGAUAUCUUAUAUUACACACAAAUACCUAAAUUUUGCUUAUAAUUUCCCAAAAUUUCUAUGUUAGAACUGAUAAGGUAGAAAUGAAACAUGCAUGCAAGAACCAGUGAACCAUUUAUUAAUUAAAAAACAAGAUAUCUAUCAUAGUCUAUUGUUUGACAGUUUUUAAAACUAUAAUCUAUUGUUAUUGUUAACAUCAUCAAAGAAACAAUUAUUAUCAUAUUGCAUUACAUCAGCUCUUACUUUAUCAUGUAGUACAAAUUGCAGGUUUUUUGUGCACCUGUACACUUAAGAACAGAGUGUAUAAGCAACUAACCUAUAUAUAUAUACUUUCUAAUAUAUUAAAUAUAUUUUAAAAAUCUGUUUCUUCACAAAUCUAUUAAGUAUUAUUGAAACAGUACAAGUACCUAUAAUUCUGAAUAUAUUGUAUCAUAGGAAAUUGUAGAGAACAAAAAUUUCAUUUGGCUCCAUGUUAGACUGCAAAGUUUUAUCAUAUGGAAAUUUGAAACAUGGAUGAGGAUUUAUUCAAUACAAUAAAUAUUAUACUGGACACUUCAAGUAUUUGUAGAUCUGAAGAGAUAUGGAUACAUUAAAGUUGAUACAUUUA